GAAGCCCCCCGCUCGCCCCCCCGUGCUAGGAAUCCUGGCUACGCCGCUGACUGCAAUAUCACUCGAGUGGGAUCCAUGCUGAUAUGAGCCAGGGGGAGGGGUCCGCGACGUAUUUUGAAAAUGUCCAAUGUGAUAAGGCAACGAGCGCUGCGCAGUGCCGACCGACAACGACGGAUUUCCGGAAAGGAUUAAACUCUGGAACGUUCCAACAGAAGCGUUGGCAACACGUGACUAGAAACCGGGAGGGGUACCGGAAAGCCGACAAUUAAAAUGGCCGACUAAUCUUCUUGCAAAGUUCAGAGGUGGGUUUUACUGACUGAGGGAGCAUGUUUAUUUGAAGGGACGUAGCGAGGCCCUGGUGACCGCAAAGUUGACGUCAGGAUUCGUGUCUGCCUUGGUUUGUUUGGUUCUCUUGGAGAGGUGACAAUAAUGGUUGGACCUUGGCGGAGUGUCCCAGACUUGCUUUAUGAGACUUACCCCACGAGGGACCUGCGGCGGGAAUUCCCCUCUGAUCCCGGGUUCUCCACCGCGCGCUGCGAGAGUAACACUCUCCCGUCGGCUCCUUACCGGUCAAGGGGAAGUUCUGCUCCACAGACGAGACGCGAGGAAGCCCAGUCAUCUUACCCAGCAUCCAAUGUCGUCUGCCUGAAGUCGACCUCGGGGAACACGACAACCUUCACGGUGGCCAGCGCUAGUGUGACUCGGCUGCCGAACGGGGACGACAAAAUGUGCAUAGCGUGUCAACAGUACCAUCUCAGGAGACUAGAACCGAUCACACGACAACCGCAGCCAAAGAUGUCGAGACCCCAGUAUAUCAAGGUGGCGUCUGAUUGGUCAACUGAUCUAUUUGGGUGUAUGGAGGAUGAACACACGUGUUUGCUGGGUGCUGUGUGCAGCCCGUGCUUAGCCUGUUCGCUGGCUCGACAACUGGGGGAAUCCUGUUUUGUCGUGACCUGCGUUCCUGGGGGAAUCUUCGCACUGAGAACCAAGCUCCGGAUGCAACAAAACAUCGAGGGAUCCAUCUGCAACGACUGCUUAACAGUGUGUUGCUGUUGUCCGCUUGCCCUAUGCCAAAUGGCCAGAGAACUGGACAAUGCAGAAAUUGGACGCUUAGGCUGAGGCAGACAUCAGCGUGGUCAUCUUCAGCAUUGAGGGAGUGAUGCGGUGCUCAUGUAAAAAAAAUGUUGUGUAGAGAAAUAUAUUUGAUACGACUUUUUCCACUAAUUCCAAGGUGAUGUCAAGCAUCUCUUUCCUAUAACAGUGGCUAUUAUCAUAAUACAAGGUGCCUACCGUUUGUAUAAGUGGCUAAAGUUUUCAAAAAUUCAAUACGCAUAUGCCUCACUUGUGUUAAAUGAGGAGAUAUGUUUUCAACUUAUGCAUAGUUUAGUAGUGUUUUUAGUCAUUCAAGUUUUCAAAUUUUGUUUUUCUUUUCUACCGAUGUGCAGCCAUAGUUUGUCAAUUACUGACUGGUGGGGAGAAGUGACCACUGUGGUGUCGUAUCAGAAAGCUAGGUUCUACACAUGGCCAAAAAGCAAUGCAGAAAAAAGUUUUACUACACCAAAGGAUUUAAAAUCUUGUUUCAAUCUCAACCCAGAUAAUAAGAGCACUGUUAAUACAGCAUGAUAUUCUGCCCAUAUCAGAGGUGGCAGCAAGUCAUUUUUUGCAGGUCAAGUCACAAGUCAUUAAGUCCAGUCACAAGUCAUUA